AUGCUGUGGGACCUUGUGAGACACACCCUGUGCCGAGCACUCUUAUGUCAGAGGGGGAGAGCUCCCUUUGAGGGUUUUCCUACUGCUUUAUGCGGUCCGGGGGGUGAUCAUGGGGUCUCUCUACAGCCGGAAGCACCGUCUUUGGGUGAGAAAGUGAACAGUGCCGCAAUGCAUGUGCAUGCAGAGGAGGUCGUUGGUGAGUUUCCAGCAGAUGAAGGCGCAGUCAAGAGCACUUCAAAGGGCACAAUCCCCAAAGUGCCCGGUGCAGCUGCAUCUACAGUGAACGCUUCUUCUUUGUGGAAUUCGUUGCUUCGAUGGAUACUUCACUCACAUUGUGGAGAUCUGAAGUCUUUUUGCUAUUCAGCACUCCAAGGCCGCAUUGGUGGGAAGAACCUUCACUACCCUGGGCCAGUGUGGCCCAUUCCAGUGCCUUUCCCGAAGGUCUUUUGCCGAGGUGAAGUUCAGCCAGCUUCUAAGCAAGCUGCUUGGUAUAGAGCCGCUAACAUGAUGAUACUAGUGCUCAACUGGUUGCAUAUGGGGAAACCUCGAUGUUGGCCUAAAGGUUGUGAUCCGUUUGCUAGCUUGAACGAUGAGCAGCUGGCGAUAGUGGAGCGACUGGAGCAUUUAUCUGGCGAGUGGCUCCUUUUCAGAGAUGUCACAGCAGUUUCUAUGGGUCGGACAGCGGGUAAGGUAGAGAGCUUGGAAGCCAUGGUUCACAAGUUGGAAGCAAUAGCAGCUGCUUUGUCCCCUCAUACUGGGUCUGGUAAGGGAUCCUUGAGAGGGGCGAUCCCUUCAGGUGCACGGGAAGCCAUGGUAGAAGACAUCCAGCUUGCAAAGCCGAUAGAAGCGGACCGCUUGAAUUUCAAAGGGCGGCCCAGCUUUGACCCGUCGCCUUACCUAGCAGAACCAGCUCGAUCAUUGUACGAGGACCCCCUCAAGUUUGCCACUCCACCAGAGGAGUUCUUCAAGGAGGUUCCGGCAGUCAAAGCGCGAGGCACUCGAAAGGAACUUCUCGCGCUGCUUGCUGCCCUUGAUAGAACUCACCGUUUGGCACUUUUUUCACCUCGAGAAGUUCGCAUGGGACAUCGGGCAGGGCUGUUCGCUCACAUGAAAAAUUUGAGUGCAGACCGACUAAUUUUCGACAGCAGACCAGCAAACUUGCUAGAGCCAGGACUGAAUGAAUGGACACAGAGCAUGGGGUCAUUAGCUCCGAUUUUGGGGUUGCAUGUUCCACCUGGGCACAUCAUUGUUGCAGCGGGUGAGGAUUUGAAAGACUAUUACUACUACUACCUCAUCACUCCUUCACGUGCAAAGCGAAAUGCCAUUGCUAUGACGUUGACUCGUGCUGAGGCUAGAAGGUUCAAGUUCGCCUACCAGAAGGCAGACAGGGCGACAUCCAGGUACGUACCAGCGCUAGCGACUAUGGCGAUGGGAGAUCUGAAUUCUGUAGAAUUUGGUCAGAGCGCACAUGUUCGACUAGCGUUGUUGCAUGGACUCGUCACCGUGAAGGAUUUGUUGACCCUCCGUGGCAGAAUCCCCCGACAAUUCUGGUCAGCCGGGUUUGUCAUCGACGAUUUCAUUUUCUUGGAGGCCAUUGACGCAAAAGCCUCGUCAUCAUCGUAUGUCUCCUCUCAGUUGGCUGAUGCCAUGGUCAAACUAUACGAACAGGUGGGGCUAGUGGCAAAUCCAGACAAGAGAUUCUGUGCGGAACUCCAUCCGCAGUUUUGGGGUAUUAGCAUCGAUGGGAUUCAUGGGUUGGUUCGUGCUCAACUAGAUCGAGUCCUACCUAUAUCGUUUGUCACGGCAAAAGUGGCUCAGAUCGGCAUUGCCUCGCGAAAUCUUCUUGAGAUCAUUGCAGGUGCUUGGACAGCCAUAUUACAGAGCCGGAAACGAUGUAUGUUGCUCUUGGACUUGAUUUUUACAGAGAUUCAUGCCCAUGACUAUCAGGAACAUAUUGUCACACUAGCUCCUUUGUAUGUAUCUGAUUUGACUGCUCCGACAUCGACUCGACUCUUUGCUGUGGAUGCAUCGGAUACCAAAGUAGCUGGAGUAGUUGCGGAAUUGCCUCAGCAGUUCUCACAAGAAUUAGGCAGACACACCAUGACCAGAGCUGCUUGGAGCCGCAUCCUCUCUCCGUGGAAGAGCUACUUGCGAGUACAAGGGACACUCUCUCCUGCUGAUGAGGUGCCUGAUGGCGAAGAACCAGCACGAGCCCAUCCCCUCUGGACUACGUUGGUCCGGACCCAAAAGUUUCAGCCUUUGUUUAGUCACAAAGUACCUCGUCGACAGCACAUCAACCUUAGUGAAUUACAAGGGUUGCUCGAAGCUGAGACCAUACAGGCAGAAGAAGAACCGUCAUCUCGUUGCAAUGUGUGCACUGAUUCUCAAGUGUCUUUAGGAGCAGUAAUCAAAGGGCGAUCAUCAUCAGAACAGCUGAACACAGCGUUACAAUGCCAUUUGCCUUCAUUGUUGGUGUACAACUGCUAUCCGGGUCAUCAAUAUGUUCCUUCAGCUGAUAACCCCGCAGAUGACCCUACGAGGGAUAAAGAGCUUAGAAACCCGAGCGAGUCACCACCAACAUGGUUGCAAGAUGCGUUGACAGGGUCUUAUGAACAGCUGGAUGCCUUUUUGACGGCUGCCCAAGUGGAUGAACUCACCCUCGCACGUUUACCUCGAUGGCAAGCUAGCGAGAUCCCGGAAGACUGGCUCACAUCGGGACGCGAGUGGCGACGAACAGUUUUUGGAAAGACCAAGGGAACUUCAGCUGCCCCAGCUGUAGCCAAGACGAAUGAGCCUUCCAUGCCUCAGCUUUGGACAAGGAGCUUGCACAGGCCUCUUGGAGAGGAAGCUACAGGUGAUGACCGCUUACCUGUUUCAAGACGGAGGCGGCUCGACAUUGCGGCGUGCGCCAAGUGCAAUGACCGGAUUGGCGAGGCGGUGAAACCAGGUCCUCGACCUUUGAGAGCACGGCCGGCAGUUGAUUUGGAAGAAGUGCAGCUGCUGACGACGCAUACAUUAGUGAUACAGCAGAGAGCUAGACAAAUGUUUGUUUCCUGGCUGCAAGAUGAGCUUAGCACAGAGGUCUUCGAGAGUUUAGCCGCUCGACCAGAUUUGUGUGUCGUAUUUUUGCGAGCCUUUGGAAGAUUUUUGUACGCCAAUGCUGGACCGCUCUAUUUGUUUCGUCACCUAGUUGUUUACUACCAGCGUAAUUUUCCGGCUUUCCCAAUCCCUUUGGGAGACGCUUGGGAUUUGAUUUCAAAGUGGGAGCGAGUUCAACCGGUUGAACAUAGGAAACCGAUGCCGAAGCUCGUUUUCGAUUCGAUGAUUUGUUUGGCCUGGCACUGGGGCUGGAGACGCUGGGCAGCAGUUUCUCUGCUGGCCUUCCAUGGGAAGAUGCGUGCGCGAGAGCCUUUGGAUGCGCAAAGAGCUGAUUUACUGCUGCCUUGCGAAACAGGAGCUUCCGUGCCGGCGGCCUACCUGAACAUCCGGAAACCCAAAACCCGAAAUCGAGGGAAAGGCGUAGUGCAACACGCCAAAAUCUGUGAUGACCUUGCUUUAGAUGCCAGAGAAGGUUUUUACCAAACUUAUGCCUCAGGAAACUUUGUACCCUGCAAGUCCAGGAACAUACCGCCGAAGGUGGGAUCUGUUGCUGUCGCAUUUAGGUGUGCCGAAGUCGAUCGGCUUGACGCCGGGCGCCUUGCGUGGCGGCGGUGCCGUAUUUUCGUACCAUGA